UAGAACACGUUAAAAAGAUCGCAGAAUCUCCCAAGUUCAGUUCAAGCUCAUUUCAUUUCGUCAAAAAUUAUCUUUCUUUUUUCAUUUUCUUUUUUUUUCUCUUCACUCAUUUUCAUCUUUAUCCUCUAUAUCUUUCAUAAUUACAGCCUCCAUGACAGUUGCAGUGAGUCAGGAACAGUUCACCCGUGAGCAACUCUUCAAUAUUCUUCGACACAUUAAUUACCCACUAGAAAAUCCGGAUGAAUUACCCAAGCCAACAUAUGAGACCCUUCGUGAACUGGAAUACCGAUGCGUCACAUCAAUCCCAUUUGAAACUUUGAGUUUACGGUUAACAAAGGCUCGUGAAGUAGAUAUCACUCUUCAAGGGAUUUACGAUCGCAUCAUCAAUCAGCACCGUGGUGGAUGGUGUUUUUCUCUCAACAAACUUGCGUAUGAACUCCUUCGGGGCCUUGGAUUUACAGUUCAGUUCACGAUAGCUCGUGUCUGUAAGCCUUUGAAUUACGGUGAUCCCAUUCGUUUCCAGAUGCUCUCUCAUCGAGUGUCCAUCGUGCGAUUGAAGGAUGGAUCCAAAUACCUGUUCGACAUUGGCUUCGGCAAUACUUCAUUCUACCCAAUCCCGUUGAAAGAAGGUGCUGUAGUCGAAUAUUUUGGACAUAAGCGUCGUAUGAGCAAGACCGUCCAUAAUGAGGCACAACCGGAAUUGUUAGGAAAUCCUCCUCAGCAGCUUUGGUUGAUGGAAGAAUACUUGGGUGAGGACAAGUGGGUUCCAUGCUAUGCGUUUACGGAGGAUCAAUUUUAUGAGAUUGAUUGCGAGAUGGGCAACUUUUAUACCUGUCAUUCACCCAAAUCCGUAUUCUACUCUUCAUUCUGGUGUGUUCAGGCCACAUUGGAUGGCAAGAUAUAUAUGCUGCUGGACAAGCAAUUCAAGAUCCGGACAGCUACAGGCAACGUAGAAACAAUCGUCUUCACCAAGGAGCAGGAUCGAUUGGAUGCACUAGAGAAAUACUUUGGUAUUGUUUUGACAGAGGAAGAAUUGAAAUACCAUGAUCAAAAGAUCGAAUAA